GUCUGUGAGAACUGUGAGAGUGGGAGUCUGGAGGAGUAGCGCUUUAUAUUAAUUAAUCUAACGAAGGUUUUGUUUAAAUAACUUGGUUUAAAUGCUAAACACUUUCCAUUUGAAUUUUUUAACUUUCUAUUUAUGUAAGACAAUUUUUCUUUGGCUAAUUCGUUUAGGUUGUGCAUUUCGUUUUGGGCAUGGAAUGAUUCAAGAAUUUUAUCCUUUUUUUAAUCAAGAAUUUGCUCAAAUUGGUAAAAAAAUUUUUAAAAAUAUUUUUAAUAAAUCUUUGUUAUUUUUGGGUGGAAUACCAUUCAAUGAAGGAAUGUUUAAAUCUGUCCAUAUUUUAAAUAAUGGAAUAGAUCCUUUAGUAAGAGGUUUAAUGUCAUUACCUGCAAGACUGCCACAAAGACUGACUGUUUCUGUAACUGAAAAGAUUUUUGGAAAUUCUGAUUUGGGUUCAAUCAACAUUCAACGAGGGAGAGACCACGGAAUUCCUGGAUAUAUUGCUUGGCGUAAUUUAUGUAAUUUGCCACAUGUCAAAGACUUUGCUGAUUUAAACACAACAAUUAGUAAUGAAAUUGUGAGGGAAAACUUGAAAAUUUUGUAUAAAAAAGUUGAACUGAUUGAUAUGUAUGUUGGUGCUCUUUUAGAGGAUCCUAUUGAAGGGGCACUUAUUGGUGGGUUUUUGAAAUUUAAAGGAGAAUUUUAUUUUAAUUUUUGA